CCAAAACCUUAAUCAUAGAGGAAGCCUUGUAAAUGUUUAACAAUAUAACACUUUUUUCCUCCAAGCGUGUGCUUGCAAAGGAGGGGCCUAUAUUUACAUUCAGUCAGCAACACGGAAAUCAGCAAAUGAUAAAUUCAGCAAAAUAAUGUUCAAUCGUAUAAAAUUAAUCGUGGAUAAGUGAUAACUGUAUAUUCUUUUCUAUCUUGUUUUUUUCCGCUUUAAGUUAUCUCAAAAUGAAUAGUUCAGUUAUUAGUCAGAUAUCGGGGGAAGCAGCUUCAAAAAUGCAAACGUACAGUAAAUAAGUGUCAUUAUUUGUAAAUGUUCGACAAGGUAAAUGUAAAAAGACGUUCAUAGACCUUAGCUCAGCAGCACUGGUUGCGUCGGAUAUGCUGUUGACUCUUACUUGCUAAACUUUCUCCGAAAGUCUGCUUUUGCCAGCCCCCUUGUCUGAUUACAUCCUAGUAAUUCUCAGCUGAAUGAACGUCAUUUACAAUAGUAGGGGAGCUCUAGAGCUGACUGCUGCUUCACGCUCCAUUUGCCCUCCAUUCUCCCUUUAAGUAUUCCUGUAAUAUUAAUAGUCAUGAAUAACAAUUAUUCUGAGGUGGUGUAGGAAGGCAGAGGGAAGGGGCAUACGAACAGUUUGAGUCUCGCCUUGGGUUGAAGAGGAUUGUAAAAGGAACCAAGGGGGAAAAAAAUCUUCUUUCGUUUUGGGUCAAUUACUGAUGGAUAGUCCUGGAAAUACCUCAAGCCUUGUUUUGCAACCUUCAAGUCUCUUUUGAUUUAUUUAUAAUUUUACUGUGUUUUGUUGCUGCGAAAGAAUUUCUUCCAGAUGUUAGUCCACACAUACUCGGCUAUGGACCGGCAUGAUGGAGUUCCAAGCCAUAGUUCCAGACUGUCUCAGUUGGGAUCUGUAUCUCAAGGACCUUAUUCCAGCGCUCCGCCACUCUCCCAUACACCUUCUUCGGACUUUCAGCCUCCGUACUUCCCUCCUCCUUAUCAGCCUCUUCCGUACCAUCAAAGCCAGGAUCCUUACUCCCACGUCAACGACCCUUACUCCCUGAACCCUCUUCACCAACCGCAGCAACACCCCUGGGGGCAGAGACAGCGACAAGAGGUCGGAUCGGAAGCUGGCUCCUUGUUGCCCCAGCCUCGGGCUUCAUUGCCUCAGCUCUCUGGACUGGACCCCAGGCGGGACUAUCCUUCUGUCAGGCGACCAGAUGUUCUGCUUCAUUCGGCACACCAUGGCCUCGACUCUGGGAUGGGAGACAGCUUGUCCUUACAUAGUAUUGCGCACGCUGGAAUGGAAGAAAUUCAAACAGUUGAGGACGCCAGUAACAGUGGCAUGAGUCUUUUGGACCAGUCUGUGAUUAAAAAAGUUCCUGUUCCUCCAAAGAGCGUAACGUCACUGAUGAUGAGCAAAGAUGGUUUAAUUGGUGGAAUAACGGUCAAUAUAAAUGAGGUGUUCUGCUCUGUACCUGGACGCUUGUCCCUACUGAGUUCCACUUCUAAAUAUAAAGUAACCGUAGGGGAAGUGCAAAGACGCUUGUCCCCACCAGAGUGCCUAAACGCAUCUCUUUUGGGAGGAGUGCUUAGAAGGGCAAAAUCCAAAAACGGUGGAAGAUCCUUAAGAGAGAAACUAGAGAAGAUAGGACUGAAUUUACCUGCAGGCCGGCGCAAAGCAGCAAAUGUCACUUUACUAACGUCACUUGUAGAAGGAGAAGCAGUGCAUUUGGCUAGGGAUUUCGGAUACAUUUGUGAAACUGAAUUUCCUGCUAAGGCUGUAUCAGAAUACUUAAACAGACAGCACACAGAUCCAAACGAGCUUCACUCAAGAAAAAAUAUGCUGUUGGCUACAAAGCAACUUUGUAAGGAGUUCACAGAUCUUCUGGCUCAAGACCGUACGCCUUUGGGUAACAGCAGACCAUCUCCUAUUCUGGAACCGGGCAUCCAAAGUUGUUUGUCUCAUUUUAGCCUCAUCACUCAUGGUUUUGGUUCUCCAGCUAUAUGCGCUGCCCUUACAUCUCUCCAAAACUAUCUAACAGAAGCCUUGAAAGGACUGGACAAGAUGUUCUUGAACAACAACACCCCAAACAGGCACACAUCGGGGGAGGGACCAGGCUCUAAGAAUGGAGAUAAAGACGAAAAACACAGGAAAUAAAAUAAUAAUUAUAAAAAAAGAUUUAUAUAUUAGCUUUAACAUAUUGCAUUUUAUUUGGAAA